CUUCGUCCCAUCUGCUCGUCUCAUUCUUUUCGCCCCUGCGCGAACUUGCAUUCGUCCUGGUCCUCCGUCCUGCGCUAUCUGUAUUUAUUGCUGCCACCGUAUCUGGCGUGUAGGGCUGGCUCAUCGCGGGCCUGGAAGAUGUCAUCUCCGACUCUGAUUGAUGAUACGAACCCGAUAGUGCAGUACGAGGCUGGAUGGAUCUGGGACCAGAAUGUCAACGAAGUGGACGGGACAAGGCACGGUGCAGGUAUUGCGGGCAUCACGGCUUCCUUGAGCUUCGCAGGGACUGGCGUCCAGGUAGUGGGGACGCUCGAAUCCUCCGACCAUUCCGGCCAGCCAACGACGUCGUAUGCCAUCGAUGGAGAAACCGUUGGCACUUACACCGCGCCCUUCACGCCUUCUGGGCAGACGCACUACAACGUCACGUUUUUCUCCAAGCCCGAUCUAUCCUCCGGUGAUCACGAAAUAGUCAUCACCAACGUCAAUGGGACGAGCCCGAACGUCUUCUGGCUUGACUAUUUUCUCGUCGACGCUGCGCCACCGUCUUCUGGAGGCGGUACCACUUCUUCGUCAUCGACGUCAACGUCAACAUCUACGUCAGUCACUCCUUCCGACUCACUAUCGAGCACAGUCAUUACCGUUGUAUCUACGAGUACAUACACUUUCUCCACCACAUCGUCACAGGGGGUUGGGUUGCCACCGUCCUCACCAUCUAAUUUAUCUUCCUAUCCAUCGUCCUCUUCAUCAUCUUCAUCUUCGGCUUUCUCUUUCGCUAAUUUGACUGCCACUCCGUUCAGCGACACCACAAACACGCUUGCUCAGGGAAGUCUCCCCACGAGUGCAACUGCUGCUCCCACCACAUCCGGCGUAGGGUCAACAACUCCAGGCGCAGUACGGUCUUCUGACCACUCCAACACCCACGCAAUCAUUGGGGGAGUGGUAGGCGGAGUGAUAUUCCUCGCACUCCUCAUACCUCUUUUCUUCUGGUGGAGACGACGCCAGCAGAGGUCGCUCGAUGACGUCGAUCCGUUCAUUGCGUCAGCCCGCGACCACACUUGGCACAGCGGAACGCUAGCCUCCACUGGCUUCGAGUUCAAACCUUCCAAGGUUCCUGAGAUGUCAUUGACUGCGACCACGGCCUCCCCAACCGCGUUCCGACAGACCGUGUCGUUGAAUGCUUCGGAGCUCCCUGCCGCCCAUCCGUCAGAGCACGGUUCGCCCACCGUCACCCUGGGCGAUACACCAGCCGCACCGACGACGUUGCCAUCACACCAGUCCCCGGGCUCCCCAGCAGGGCCUCUCCACACCGACGUGAAGCUACAAGACGCAGUCCCCUCGAUUCCUUUGGCGGCAGCUCAGUCCCAACCGCACAUCGAUCAUAGUCCCGUUUCCCCCUCAUCGCCCCACUCUGCCGCAGGCUCAGCUUCAGCGUCCGAGUACGCUCUCUCCGAGGCUCCGAUUACGCCUGCGCCUGCAGAUGCCGAAGCGUCUCGCGCGCCGUGGUAUGCGCCGCCCCAGCGAGAAUCGCGUGCUCAUUCUCUCCUCCGUGUGCUCUCGUCGCGCAACAGGCCUGUGCAGCAGCAGCCGACGCAUGAUGUGGACUCGGGGCUGAGGCUGUAUAACGAACCCACCUUGCCACCACCUUAUACUCCGGACUAGUUGUAGGAUACGCAUAUAUAUUUGUAUGCGGACUGAGUGUAAGCCCCACUCUACGUCAUGGCCUUACUUGACACUCUUCACAUAUUACGUACGCAUACAGUUAUAUAGUUGACGUCCUAUACCGUGUCUCCUAGCUCUGCUCACCACGGUAUAGGUACGUAUUCUCAUACACAUGUAUUCUAGCUCUG